AUUUAAUAGUACAUGACUUGUAACAGAUUAAUAAGAACAGGAGAGUAAUCUCACAAGUGGAUUAACAUCCGCCCUCUCAAAAUACAAUUGAGUAUUAAAGUUAAUGAGAGCUACUCUAAAAUUGGAAUAAGGGACAAAAAAAGUGCACAAUUGAAAAAUCGCGACUAACUGAUAAGAUAAUCGGAAACAUUAGUCAGAAUCAACUCUUACUUUACCUUUUCAUCAAUUGACCUUAAACAAUCAUGUCAACUAUAAGAGUAGCAGUUGGUCAGCUUUGUUCGUCAUCGAACAUCAUCCAUAAUGCCAAAAUUGUGAAUAAAUUGAUUACCAAAUCUAUUUCUAAUAAAGUAAAUAUUUUAUUUUUACCUGAAGCCACAGAUUACUUAUCAAGGAAUGCUAGCCAUUCUCUAGAAUUGGCAAAACAAGUUGACGAUAAAUUCUUACCAUUGAUUCAAUCACAUAUCAGGGAGGAAAUUUCUAAAAUACCUGAAUUAGAAUUUUUUGUGGCAAUCGGAAUUCAUCAGCCUAGUCCAACUUCUAAUAGAGUUCAAAAUAACUUAAUUUGGUUAGAUUCGAAGGGACAAAUUUUACAGAAAUAUCAAAAAUUACAUUUAUUUGAUGUUAACAUUAAAAAUGGACCUAUUCUACAAGAAUCUAAAUCAGUUGAACCAGGGACUAAAUUAGUUGAUCCCUUCAAACUUAACAGUUCAUCACCUUGGAAAGUCGGGUUGGCAAUUUGUUAUGAUAUUAGGUUCCCGGAAUUAAAUCAUACUUUAGCUAAAAAGGGUGCUAAUAUUAUAACUUAUCCAUCUGCUUUCACGACGAAAACUGGAGAAGUUCAUUGGGAAUUACUUGGUAGAACUCGUGCUGUUGAUUCUCAAAGCUAUGUAGUUAUGCCUGCUCAAUGUGGAUAUCAUGACACUAAAGCCGAUUUAGAUGAUACUGCUAAAGAUUCGAGUGAAUCUGUAACGAGAGUAAGUUAUGGUGAAUCGAUUAUCGUUGAUCCUUGGGGAAAGGUUGUGGUUAGGUUACUGAAAUACACAGAUGAUUUAUCUAACCAUAAGGAUUCGGAAGGGGAUUAUUAUGAAUUUGGUUAUGCUGAUUUUGAUUAUGAGCAUAUUUUAAAUAUUCGUAAAAAUAUGCCUCUUAUGGAGCAACGUAGAAGAGAUGUAUUCCCGGGUAUUUUAGACUAGAAUUUGUAGACUUAUAAACUUACAAAAUUAAAUAUAAAGAAAUAAAGACAAAGCAAUAUUAUUUAUUAUUUUGAAUAUAUUUGUACUAUACAAUGUUAUAAAAG